AUGCGUUUCGUCCCGGCGGCGCGAUUGGCUCGAACGACUUUGUUCGGUCGUUUCGAGACGUUUCGAGUGAUUUCGAGAGGUUCGAGCGCGCGGGUGAUGAGCGGUGAGGACGCGGGUCCGUCCGAGAGCGCUGUGUCGACGUGUGACGAGAGAUUUCACCCUCGUGUUCGAUGGGCGCUGAAAAAAUUGGGAUUCGCGACGCUGACGGAGAUACAGGCGGACGCAAUACCGGCGGCGAUGGACGGAGUGGACGUCGUCAUUGCGGCGGAGACGGGAAGCGGGAAGACGCUGAGCUAUUUGGUACCUAUCUGGGAUAACCUCUUGCGAGUUUCCGAUCGCGGCGAGGGCGCGGACGAGGAAAACGGCGGUCGACGCACGGGAGCACUGAUUUUGUGUCCGAACGCGACUUUGUGCGAACAAGUCACUCGCGUUGCAGAUUCGCUCGUAGAUGAGAGCACGGGCGAGCCGCUUUUACGAACGCAUGCGUUAACACCAGAGACGGGGACGCCGUUCAACCCCCCGGACGUGUACGUGACCACGCCGGCGCGCGCGGUGGAGGAUUUGUUACACCACAGAGAAGGCGCGUGGAGACGCGGAUCGUUUGCCUCGACGGCGCGCACAGUUCGACACGUCGUCUUCGAUGAAGCUGACAUGUUAUUCUCCGGUGGAUACUUGAAACCCCUACGAAUGUGUUUCGACGUGCUCUAUCGCGAGGAGAAGCUCGCGAGUGAGGGAUUUUUCGUCGACGCACCUACCGAAGUCGAGUGGGAUGGCGACGCCGAGCGAGACGAGGCGUCCUUUGAACGCGAUUGGCGAAAGGACCACGACGCUCCGCGCGCGAGUCAGGGUCGUCGCACACCCGGACCCGCACUCGGGGGUAAGGGGCGCGUUGGUCUGGGCGAAGGGAGAGACUUCAGGCGUCAGUACAUUUUUGCCGCGGCGACAGUUAUGAGCAACGGCAAAAAGACGCCCGGCGCCAUGAUUAAAUACGGGUUCCCAGACGCGCGAUGGAUCGAGGGUCGGCGUUUGCAUCGCUCUGUCGCGAGCGUGAAUCAAACUUGGAUCGAGGCGACGAUGGAGACGCGCGCUCAAGCGCUCGCCGAAGCGGUCGGUCUCACGUCGAGCGAGAAGACGGAGUUUGAGAAGACGAUGGUCUUCGUCAACACCGCCGCGGCGGCAGAUGAGAUCGCUCGCGAAUUCAACGCACUCGGUCUCCCGUCCGCCGCGUUCCACGCCGAUAUGUCUAGUCACGAUCGCGGCGUCCGUUUACAAGACUUCGCCGCCGGCGUCGUCUCCGCUUUGGUGUGCACCGACAGCGCCGCGAGAGGCGUCGAUGUCCCGGGUGUCGCCCACGUCGUUCAGGCUGAGUUCGCCGGCAACGCCGUGGAUUACCUCCACCGCAUCGGUCGCACCGCUCGUGCGGGUGCCGCUGGACGGGUCACCAACAUAUGUCUCCCUACGACGGCCGAUCUCGUUCGCGCCGUGCGCGACGCAGAGGCUAAAGGCGAACCCGUCGAAAGUGCUUUCAGCCGAAAACGAAGCUUUCGCAAAAAGUUCAAAAAGUACGGCGAGAGUCGACGCGGCGUCGCAGACCCGUCCAUGGCAAAGAAUAGAAAUCCUAGGCGCUAA